GUCGUGACAUCCCGAUGGGUAAAAGCGGGAAAGAUAGAACACCGGGGCCGAGGAAUGCGGGGAUGAAGAAUUCUACGGGGUGACACGGGUCGAGCAACGAGGACGGGCCGCGGCGUAGCUCCGCCCAUUGCACCGCCCACGCUGGUGGUUGUUGCUAACCUUCCUCCGUUCCCUCGCCCUUCACCCUUCGUGGCGCAGCUGGAAACUUCUCGCGGCUCGCCAGCAGGCAGCGCACACACGUCAUCCUCACCAGCGGUGAACGGCGUCUUCAACCGUCGCCCCGGGGUCGCCGUCGCGAUCCAUUCACGACCCAUCCAUCGAAAAUCAUCGGAUUCGUCUAUUCCGGACAUUGGGAGCUUUCCCGGAAGUGAUCCGAAUCGUGUAUCGUGUGUGACAUCGGCCGGAGAUUAGUGAACCAAUCGGAUCGUCCUUCGAGAUUAAAAACACUGAGCUGAAAUUUAUUAAGAGAAAAGAUCAGGGAAUAAUAGAGAAGAAUCAAUUUUAAGAUUGCUGCAAAGCAUGUUUUGUUCUACGAGAUGAUUGACUUCAAUGAUAAUAAUGUUGAAACAACGUAGCUUUCGGUAUAAAAUGACUCAUCGAGCUCAAUCUUUCAGAUCGUAAUUCAGUCUUUCGCCGAAGAGACUUGAGAUUUGUAUCCCGUUUUUGUGGAUAAAUUAAAAAUGAAGGGAAAGGACCAGUUCGAUAAAGAUGCAGGACGUUAUUGAUAAUUAUAAACAUGGAAAGUGAAUUAACUAGAGGACUGAAAUCAAGAAUCUUGAUGAUGCCGACGGACAGUCAGGAUAAUGUAAAGUUGAUCAUUGAAGUGUCGAUUGUCAAAUCGUCUCGGAGGCUCCAUUUUCGCGAGGACGAGGGACUCCUGAAUUUGGUGACAUCGAUUCGUGUCGCGAUGUGUUUAAUCUGAAAUUAUAUAUUUGCGGCAAAUAUCUAUAACUGCUAAAAACGGUAUGAAGAACACGUGCCGUGAUUAAUGGGAAAGAACUUUAUGCGAUAUCUGAAUUAUAUUCGAUGUUGAACGUUCGACUAUUAAUCGAAAGUUGGUGAAAGUGUUUGGGCUGGUAGAAGAAAAGUCGUGUUGUGAGCUGUGUGGCUGGGGUCGAUUAUAGACAGCAAAAUUUCCACAAUUUCUGCCUACUAUGCAACCAUUCGCGACGAGCAACACAAUGGCGACCGAGACACCGACGAGCCUGCCGCCCGAGAGAGUGACUUCCCCGACGCCUUGCCGAAAUCUCACCUUCUCCAUCGCGAAGAUCAUGGAACCGGACAAGAGACUGACUGAGCAGAACGCUAACCCGGUACCCCCACCGCCGCCGGCACCGCCGGCAACGACGACGACGACGAUUUUGCAACAACCACCGAACAUCUCCUCGCCAUCGUACUCGGCGCACUUGAAAUCGGCGUUUGAAAAAUACGUGCCGACCCUGAGACACCAGGAUUUGCUUCAGCAUUAUCCCGUACUGUCCAAAUACUAUCCGUUGUAUUAUCCGAGUCCCUUACUAAGGGCCUUUCCAGGCCCUCCCGCUUCGAGCCCGUCGGUCACGCAAAGUUCGCCACCUCCCGCAACCAUCCAGGAAGCCUCUUCGAGAUUGAGUCUGACCAGCAUAUCGCCGGAAAACCAACGCGGUAAGAAAAGUCCAGCACCGCGCAGCGAGCUCGGUGCCGCGAACAAGCAGAAGACCUUUACCUGCCCGGAGUGCGGCAAGGUGUUCAACGCGCACUACAAUCUGACGCGACACAUGCCGGUGCACACGGGCGCCCGGCCGUUUGUUUGCAAGAUCUGCGGCAAGGGCUUCCGGCAGGCGAGCACCCUUUGCCGGCACAAGAUCAUCCACACAGCCGAGAAGCCGCACAAAUGCGUGACCUGCGGCAAGGCUUUCAAUCGUAGCUCCACCUUGAACACCCAUACGCGCAUACACGCCAAUUUCAAGCCGUUCGUCUGCGAGUUCUGCGGCAAGGGUUUCCACCAGAAGGGCAAUUACAAGAAUCACAAGCUCACGCACAGCGGCGAAAAGGCGUACAAGUGCAACAUCUGUAACAAGGCGUUUCACCAAAUCUACAAUCUGACCUUCCACAUGCACACGCACAAUGACAAAAAGCCCUUCUCCUGCAAGAUCUGCGGCAAGGGUUUCUGCAGGAACUUUGACCUCAAGAAGCACAUGCGAAAGCUACACGACGCAGGCUCGCCGGUGCUCAAUGGAUUGGAUGCCUCGGGUCAGAAUCACAACCAGCAGUCGGGCUACUCGUCGGUGUACCACGGGCCGGAACACUCCAUCGUCAGUCCGUUCAUACUCCCUCCUCCCGGGUCCACCAGUUACCAUUCUCUGAGUAAGAUGUUGUGACAGAGCGAGAAUAUGCAUUAUCCCAGAAAGACUCAGUAUCCUCUCAUUCUCGGUUCACCUUGCUAUCCGGCUGACAUGAGUCAACUGGCACAAACCUCUAAGUGAAGGAAAAACGAGACUUAUAUUUGAAGAGAAGUUUCCUCAAUUUUCACAAAGGAAGAGGAUCGGAGAAUACGUUCGCGAUGUAUUUUCCUGAACUGUAUAAGCGUCUAAUCGAGUGCGAUAAAACUUUUAAUAUAACAAGAAACGAUUUAUUCGUAAUCCGACAGUUGGUUGUUCAAGUACAUUAUUACGAUAAAAUUUGAAGAAACUUGAAUCGAAAGAAAAACAAUGAAUGACUCAAAUAAAAUUGCCGUCAAAUU